AUGGCGUUUUGCACGGUUGCUGAAAUGGGCUUCCGCUUGUGGAAAUUUGGCCGCCCCUACGUCCGUUUUCUCAGCGACUUCAUUAAUGAGCUUUUUGAGGAGCCGCUUUUCCAGAAUUCCUUCAACCUUCUCUUUGCGGUUACGGAGCUCCCGUUCCUCUAUUCUUCCUUCGCGAUCUGCGCCCUCUCGAAGCUCGUCCGCGCUGCUUUCCGCCCCCUCCUUCCGCUCGCCACAAAGGGUAUCUUUGAGCCGAUCGUUGCACUGGUAUACCCGCCAGACCAAUACGAGCCCUACCUGCUGCCCGCAAAGUUUAGGCUCGACGUUAUCGCGUGGUUCUCCCUCAGUCCCCUGGCAAUCUUGAUCUCGCUCUGGAUGUUCCCUCUCAAGGAGCCGCUUGGUCAACCGCUCGCCUCACUCGGAUCGCUCGGGUUCCUGCUCGCGCUUUGGUCCCAUCCUCCGGUGAUCAUUGCAAUGAUUUUUCUCGAGAUGUUUCUAAGGCCGAAGCCGGUCCUUGACUUCGAUUUUCACCGCCGGUUCUGCGGAAUCCGCUACUGUAAGGCGUUCAGCAAAAUCUACGGAGAUCCAAUGGACCUGCCCCAAGUUCCACCUGCGAUUCGGAGGUUCCUUCGCCAGCAUGGCUUGCUGGAGAAGGUUCUCUACUAUCUUCCUUGGAUCAUCGGCAUUCUAGCGCUCUCUGUUUUCACGACUUUGGGGCUCUUCGGGGUAGGCUCCCAGCCUUUUGAGAGUCCGUCGGCAUGCGCUCAGAUUCUUUGCAAGAUGUCGAAGGUCCCCUCUCUCGUCCGCACUUUCCUUCAACCGCGCCGCCUCGCGCAGUCACCUGAGCACCUUUUCGCUUGA